UAGAUAACAGCAGGCCUCACCUCCAGCCUGUGCCCCUCGUGGGAAGGUCAGACCUGAACGGCUUCUCAUGGACACAUAUGGGGAAACUGAGGUGCGGGGCGAUGAAGUGAUUUUUAAGUGACUCACCCAACAGGCGAGUGACAGAGCCAGGAAUUGAAUUGAAGUCUCCUGCGUCCCGCUCGCUAUCCACUAGGCCAUGGGGUGCCCAUCGCUACACUGCAUUGCACUGAAGAUGUCUAACAGCAACACGACGCAAGAGACACUGGAAAUAAUGAAAGAGUCGGAAAAAAAGCUGGUGGAGGAAUCUGUGAACAAAAACAAAUUUGUAUCCAGGUCACCGAGCAAGGAAGAGGUUGAGAAGGAAGGGGAGGAGGCCAACGUACGGCAGGAGUCUCAGAGGCGAACUUCAAAUCAUGGACACGCCAGAAAAAGAGCCAAGUCUAAUUCAAAGCUCAAGCUGGUCAGGAGCCUGGCAGUGUGUGAAGAAUCCUCCAACCUGUUUGUGGAUGGGCCCUUGGAAGCCCAGGACAUUAUUCAGUUGCAUGUCAGUUGCCCCUCGGACAAGGAAGAGGAGAAGUCGACAAAAGAUGGGCCCGAGAAAGAGGAAAAAGACAAGAAUAAGGAGAAGGCACCAAGGAAAAUGCUUUCCAGAGAUUCCAGCCAAGAAUACACAGACUCCACUGGAAUAGAUUUGCAUGAAUUUUUAGUAAAUACACUGAAAAAAAAUCCAAGGGAUCGAAUGAUGCUGCUAAAGUUAGAACAGGAGAUUCUGGAAUUUAUUAGCGAUAACAACAAUCAGUUCAGGAAGUUCCCGCAGAUGACCUCAUAUCACAGGAUGCUAUUGCACAGGGUAGCUGCCUACUUCGGCAUGGACCAUAACGUUGACCAAACUGGGAAAGCCGUCAUUAUCAACAAGACCAGUAACACCAGGAUCCCCGAGCAAAGGUUCUCUGAGCACAUCAAAGACGAGAAGAACGUGGACUUUCCUCAGAGGUUCAUCCUAAAGCGAGACGAUGCCAGCAUGGACCGCGACGAUAAUCAGAUCAGGAUCCCAUUGCAGGACGGGAGGAGGAGCAAAUCAAUAGAAGAGAGAGAAGAGGAGUAUCAGAGGGUCAGAGAGCGGAUAUUUGCGCGAGAGACUGGUCAGAACGGAUAUCUGAACGACAGCAGACUCGCCAGGGAAGGCUUUUCUUCUAGCUCUCACAAAAGGAGGCAGAUUUUUAGGGGGAACCGGGACGCUCUGAACCGGGCCUCGGGCAGCCGUCAGAGCAGCACAGAAAGCGAGCUGAAGUCGCUGGAGCCCCGGCCGUGGAGCAGCACAGACUCGGACAGCUCCAUCCGCAACCUGCGCCCGCCCGUCACUAAAGCCAGCAGCUUCAGCGGCAUCUCUAUCCUCACGCGAGGGGACAGCAUUGGGAGCAGCGCCUGCAGGACAGCCAGGCCAGGUCUGUCGCUAGCCCCGGAAGCAUGCAGCCAAGUCUCCUCGUCCCAGCCUGGCCGAGGGAGCUUCUUGCCAUGCACUGUGCAACAGCAGCCACCGCAGCAGCACCAAGCACUUCCACCCACUCCCCAGCAACAGCCGGCGAUGAGCAAUCACCUGAUCUCCCCGCCGGUCCCAGCUCUGCAGCCUGUUCAGUACUCUGCCAGCUCCUGUCCCCAGGUCCUCCUGCCCGUGUCUCCGCCCCAGCAGUACAACGUGGCCGAAGAGCUCAGCUCCCCCUUUGGGCAGAUCAGCCUCAGCCGUCAGGGUUCCACAGAUGCUCCGGACCCGUCCUCGGCGAUGUUCCAGCCACCCCUCAUCUCCCAGCAUCCUCAGCAGACGGGAUUCAUCAUGGCGUCCCCAGGACAGCCCAUCCCUGCCUCCAGCUACUCCACCUCGGGACACACGGCCCCCACUCAGCAGGUCCUGCAGCCCCAGGGCUACCUGCAGCCUCCCCAGCAAAUUCAGGUUUCCUACUACCCGCCCGGGCAGUAUCCAAACUCCAGCCAGCAAUACAGACCUCUCAGCCACCCGGUGGCCUACAGCCCCCAGCGCAAUCAGCAGCUCCCGCAGCCUUCACAACAGCCUGCAGGUUUACAGCCAAUGAUGUCCAACCAGCAGCAGACGUUCCAGGGCAUGAUGGGAGUCCAGCCGUCCCAGACCCCCAGCCUCCUCAGCAAUCAGAGGAGCAACAUGGGCAGCCAGAUGCAAAGCAUGCUGGGAGUCCAGCCGUCGCAGACCUCCAGUCUCCUCAGCAAUCAGAGAGGCAGCAUGGGAAACCAGAUGCAAGGCCUUAUGGUCCAGUACACGGCACUGCCCUCGUACCAGGUCCCGGUGGCUAGCGAGUCGCAGGGGGUGGUCCAGCAGUCGUUCCAGCAGCCGGUGCUGGUGUCCGCCAGCCAGUCAGUGCAGGGAGGGCUGCAGUCCGGUGGGAUGCCGGUCUAUUACAGCGUCAUCCCCACAGCCCAGCAGAACGGCACCAGCCCCUCGGUCGGGUACCUGCAGCCUCCUGGCUCCGAGCAGUAUCAGAUGCCCCAGUCUCCCUCGCCCUGCAGCCCGCCACAGAUGCAGCAGCAGUAUUCGGGGGUGUCUCCGUCGGGGCCCAGCGUGGUCGUGAUGCAGCUGAACGUGCCCAGCGGCCCCCAGCCCCCGCAGAACCCUCCCGUGGUGCAGUGGAGCCACUGUAAAUACUAUGGCCUCGACCAGCGGGGGCAGAAGCCGGGGGACCUGUACAGCCCAGACACCAGCGCCCAGGCCAGCACCCAGCUAACCAGCCCCAUCACGUCCCCCACUCAGUCCCCGACGCCGUCUCCUGUGAGCAACCUCAACAGCGUCUGCACAGGGCUCAGCCCGCUCCCGGUCCUCACACAGUUCUCCCGGCCCGUGGGCCCAGCACAAGGCGACGGGCGCUACUCUCUGCUGGGUCAGCCGCUGCAGUACAACCUCUCCAUCUGCCCUCCUCCUCUGCUGCCCAGCCAGUCCAACUACAGCACGCACCAGGGCCAGACAGCGAUGAAACACGGAAACCGGGGCAAGAGACAGGCCCUCAAGUCAGCGUCCACCGACCUCGGCACAAGCGACGUAGUGCUGGGCCGGGUGCUGGAGGUGACCGACCUGCCCGAGGGCAUCACGCGCACGGAGGCCGACAAGCUCUUCACCCAGCUCGCCAUGGCCGGGGCCAAGAUCCAGUGGCUGAAGGAGGCUCCGGGGCGGCGCGGGGCCGGGGGCGGCGCAGGCGACAACCACGGGCCGGUGGAGAACGGCCGGCACCCGGACCUCGCUGCCUUGUACACCGUGGUGGCCGUGUUCCCCAGCCCGCUGGCCGCCCAGAACGCCUCGCUGCGCCUCAACAGCUCGCCCAGUCGCUUCCGGCUGCGCGUGGCCAAGAGGAGCUACGACCUGCGGGUGCUGGAGCGGGCCAGCUCCCAGUAGGGCGCCCCGCGCCCGGCCCCACGCCCAGCCCCUAUUUAUAUGGACACAAUGAAGAGACGAGAAAUUGAGCCGCCACCGCCGCCUUUUGGAGUGGAAGGACAUUGCCCCCCCCGCCCCCCGGUAACGCGCUCCCCACCGCCCCCCCGGACACGUGUCUCGUUCCGUCCCGCGUCGUGCCACACCGGGCGCCGCGGUCCGUUGCACAUGCAGGUGUUGGCUGGGUCUGGUCACUGUACAGUCUAUUUAAUCCAGGGGGGGCGGGGGGUUGGGUUUUAUUUUUAAAUAUAAAAAAAAAUCGUCCGUCACUUUAAA